UGUGUGUGUGUGUAUGUUUGCGUGUGUAUGUUUGUGUGUGUGUGUUUGUGUGUGUGUGUAUGUAUGUUUGUGUGUGUGUGUUUGUGUAUGUUUGUGUGUGUGUGUGUGUGUGUGUAUGUUUAUGUGUGUGUUUGUGUAUGUUUGUGUGUGUGUUUGUGUGUAUGUUUGUGUGUAUGUUUGUGUGUGUGUGUAUGUUUGUGUGUGUGUGUGUAUGUUUGUGUGUGUGUUUGUGUGUGUAUGUUUGUGUGUGUGUUUGUGUGUGUAUGUUUGUGUGUGUGUGUGUGUGUGUGUGUUUGUGUGUGUAUGUUUGUGUGUGUGUUUGUGUGUGUAUGUUUGUGUGUGUGUGUGUGUGUGUGUGUGUUUGUGUGUGUAUGUUUGUGUGUGUGUGUGUGGGUAUGUUUGUGUGUGUGUUUGUGUGUGUAUGUUUGUGUGUGUGUGUGUGUGUAUGUUUGUGUGUGUGUUUGUGUGUGUAUGUUUGUGUGUGUGUGUGUAUGUUUGUGUGUGUAUGAGAGAGACUCUAAAUGGUUCAGUAUUUUUGACAUUAAAACAGCAGUUAGUAUCCAGCCAAUCAGAAGGAGGAGGCGGGCUUUCCUUGUCAGUCUCAAAAGCUCCACUCCUCACUCACUGCGGCUCGAGGAAGAAUAAAGCAGCUCCGGCUAACACACGCUAGGAAAUCUGUACAGAGAGAGGGGGAUUGUGGGUAAGCGGUACGGAGCUCAGAGUAUAGCUAGCAGUCACGCUCAUGAUUGGUCACUCCUGUUUUCACCAUAGCAACUAGGAGCCAAUAAAAUCAGAGUGAACAGAGACAUUCACCUGAAGAUGAAGCUUCAGUAUGGAAUCAGUGACAUUUGAGCAGUGUGUGUGUGUUUUUUGGUUGUUGGGGGGGGGGGCUGAUCACAUGACCUCACAACCUGGAUCAAUCCAACAGGUGGGCGGGGCUAGUGAUGGAUCCUUUGAUUUGUAUUUGAUUUGAUUUGGAUUAUGCUAAGCACUCAAACACCACCUUCUGCUCACUGUGGAGGUUCAGUGUGUCUACAGUUCAGAGGAACCUGCUGAGAUCAGAUCCAGUAACACAAUUAGGAAAUAAAGUAUUUUUGGAAAUGGAAAUAAAGAGUCUUUACGGUUCCAGCAGAUGUUUUGAUGGUUUUCUGUCGUCUCUCAGGUUUGUUCUUCUGACAAAAAUAAAGGGUUCUGGUGAUGAAACAGAUGUUACAGAUGUGGUGGGUAAAGUGUGUGUUGAAAACAAACAGCUGAAGUUAGUGUUUAAUUAAUACUUUAAAAAAUGAAUCAAUUAUAAACCUGACUGUGAACAUUUUAUUAAAUGUAUUUCAAAAGGAUGAAUAUUUAUAAAAAUAAAAUAAAUGCAGUUAUUUGUAAAUAUUCUAUUAUCUGUUGCCUUCAGGCAUGAAUGUAUGGAUAAAUGAAUGGAUGGAUGGAUGGGUGGAUAGAUGGAUGAAUGGAUGGAUGAAUAGAUGGGUGGAUGGAUGGAUGAAUAGAUGGGUGGAUGGAUGGAUGGAUGGAUGAAUAGAUGGAUGGAUGAAUAGAUGGGUGGAUGGAUGGAUGAAUAGAUGGGUGGAUGGCCUGUGUGUGAUGAAGUGUGUAGAUGAUUCUGUGUGUAUGUGUGUGUGUGUGUGUGUUUGUUCUGCUAAACUCCCCUGGUUCUCUCCCCUCCUGCUCUCCUCUCGGCCACUCGUCUCUCUGCCUCCUCACACCUGUAAAAAAGGACAGCUGGAACCGGUCAGCGAGGGUCUGCUGUCUACACUGACGGAUCUGCUGCUGUGCCGCUGGUCGUGUCGCUCGUGUUGGCGGUGGUGCUGGGAGUGUAGCUGCUGUCAGACCUCGGAGGAGGAAGUGGAGAUUCUGGGGCCGUUUCCUGCGCAGACGCCGUCCUGGCUUGUUAAUGACUGUAACGAUGAGAAAGACCUGAACUCUCACCUGGUGUCAGGUGACCACGAUCCUCCGGUCCACAACAGCACGGCAGGCAGCAGCAGUCCCAGCUGCACCAGUCCCAGCAGCAGGGGUUCCGGCUCGGAGAACUCUCGCUCCACCUUCAGCCUCGCACGCCAGCUCUCCAGUCUGGACUCGAGGCGUCCGAGCUCCCCGCUGCUGGACACGAAGCCCAUCGAAUUCUGGGCCAUGUCCCCGAGAAAGGAGGCAGUUCAGCCCCUGCGCAAACCUCAGCCUCCUCCGGAUGAUUAUUUCCGCAAGCUGGAGCCGCGUCUUUACUCGUCCGAGUCCGGUGGAGACGACGUGGACUCUCUGAGUGACGAGGAGCUCCUGCUACGCUACCAGCUCGGCCUCCUGCACUUCAGCACGCAGUACGACCUCGUACACGGUCAACUGAUCAUACGUGUAAUCGAGGCACGGGAUCUGCCUCCUCCUGGCGUGGGUGUGGCUCACUCCAACCCCUACGUCAAGAUGAGCCUCCUGCCAGACCACAAGAACUCGCGACAGACCGGUGUCAAGCGCAAGACACAGAACCCUGUAUUUGAGGAGCGCUUCACCUUCGAGUUGCCCUUCCUUGAGGCCCAGCGCCGCACGCUGCUGCUCUCUGUGCUGGACUUUGACAAGUUCUCACGCCACUGCGUCAUCGGGAAAGUGACGCUCCCGCUCAGCGAGGUGGACCUGGUGAAGGGCGGACACUGGUGGAAGGCUCUGGUGCCCAGCUCCCAGAACGAGGUGGAACUCGGGGAACUGCUGCUUUCUUUAAACUACUUGCCAAGUGCUGGGCGACUCAACGUGGACGUCAUCAGGGCCAAGCAGCUGCUGCAGACCGACAUGUGCCAGGGUUCAGAUCCCUUUGUGAAGGUUCAGCUGGUUGCAGGACUGAAGCUGGUGAAGACCAAGAAGACGUCGUGUAUGAGGGGAACCAUUGACCCCUACUUCAACGAGUCCUUCAGCUUCCGGGUUCCUCACGAGGAGCUGAGCGAGGUUAGCCUCGUGUUCACAGUUUACGGUCACAACGUGAAGAGCAGUAACGACUUUGUGGGCCGCGUGGUGAUCGGUCAGUUCUCCACGGGACCAGCGGAGACCACGCACUGGCGGCGUCUGCUACGUUCCCAGCGCACGCCCGUGGAGCAGUGGCACAGCCUGCGAUCCCGCGCCGAGUGCGACCGCGUCUCUCCCGCCUCGCUGGAGGUCACGUGAUCCUCACUCGGUACACCCAUGGGUGGAGGCAGGAAGUGAGGAGCGUUUAAUGGGCGGGACAAGCCAUAAGAGGAACUGCGGUGAUACACUUUGGGUUCUGAAGCUGACUCGGGUUCUGCUCUGGACUUUAUUCAGGAAGAUGGACUGCUGAGGAAGUGUUUUUUCUGGUGACGCAGCAGAGCGUCUUCACGCUGAUCAUCGAAAAUGGAGACCUUCAGAACCUCAUCAUCAGCUCAGCUCAGGCUGAGAACAGCCAGAUCAUACCUCCUCCUCCUCCUCCUCCUCCUCCUAUUCUCUCCCCCCCCUUCCAUUCUCUUUUCCUCCUCCUCUUUUUCACCGUUCUCUUGGUGGUGUUGUUUCUGUUAAUCAGCAGAUUGGAUGUGUCUGUUGCUCUCAGUUCCUCCACAGCUGUGUUAGUGUGAUGAUGAAUUAUAGUGAGAAGUACAGCAUUAGAAGAUGUUACACGUUCUCAUGGUUAAUUCUGUGACCAUGGAGCAGGCAGUGAACUGGUGUAAAAUUGUAAAAUCCAAUCAAAUCACCUCCUCCAAUCCAAUCAAAUCACCUCCUCCAAUCCAAUCAAAUCACCUCCUCCAAUCCAAUCAAAUCACCUCCUCCAAUCA